UACCCAGCUUGGGACCCGGCCGACAAGAAGGUCGUCUGGAUCAAGGACUCGUGGCGCGCUCUCGACGGUGGCCUCUUCCCAAAGUCGGAGACCCUCAGGCAGCUGAACACACAAGGCGUGCAGUUCGCACCCGUCCUGUUUUGCGGCGGCGAUCUGCCGGGGCAGAGGACGCGGACGCACGAGUUCGUCGACGCACCGUGGGCGCGGGAGUUUAUUGAAAGGUCUUCCAACAGCGGUCAGCAUAGGACGCACCACCCGCGCAUCCACCACCGCCUUGCGGAAACGUACGGCCGACCGCUGUGGGAGCUCGAGUCGUCGAAGCAUCUGCUGCAAAUCCUGCAUGAUGCUUUCACG